CCCAUUGAGGCCCACACAAACAAGCUGUUCAAUGGCUGCCUCUAUUUAUUUAUCUAAAAAAUCAGACUCAUCAUCAAUUAAUAAAUCAUUGAUUAAUAAAAUAAUUUAUAAUAAAAAAUUAAUUAAAAAAUGUGUCAAUAUAAUAAUUUUAAUUAUCAUAAAAAAAAUUAUAUUGAUCCGUUAUUGUGGCUCGUGCAAAAAUCAAAUAUCACUGCUGCGUGCUUUGUAUUUCCGGUAAAGAAAAAGAGACAUGAAAUUGUUGUUAUAUACACUAUACCAUAAGGAGUUGUGCGCACUGUUGAGUGAGUGGCCCGUGCUCAGUUUAAGUUUUGCUUUUGCCAGUGCAUGUCUAUUUAAAAAUAAAUAAAUUAAUCAAGUUUAAAUAAGAAAAUAUUCAAGAUAAAACAAGGCGUGACAAGUAUUUAAUGUUGUCAAUUGCGUGAUCUUUAAAUUGAGUCAUUCAUCAGUCAUCUGUGUGUGGUCCUCUAAUAUGUACAUAUUCCUCUCAAAGAUUUUUAGUUGAGAAUCACUGUGAGAGCAACAAGUGGAUCUAACAACAGAUUAAAAUCUUGUUUGUGUAUUUGCCAGGUGUUGACAAAAUAAUAUUGACUUUAUUUUUAAAUUAUUUGGUGUGCUUGAUUGAACAUCUCAAUUGGCAAAUUAAAAAUAUAUUUAUCAUAGUAGCAUAAUAGUCAAUGAGUAUAUUAAUCGUAUUAUUUAUUUUUUUUUUUCACUUCAACACGUCAUAUGGAAACAUACACAUGUUCACUUGAGUGUUGGAUAAUUGAAUAAUUGUCACGAGAGUGAAUGAGGGUGAGCAACAAUAUAAAUCAUCAAUUUUCAAUGAAAUUAUUUUAUUUAUAAAAUGAAAUUAUUGGUGAAAAUUUUAUAAAAUUAUUUAUAUUUAUUUAUAAUAAUCAAAAUAAGUAAAUAUCAUCAAGACAAAGUACAAGGAAACCAAGCGAAACACAUUAUGUUACUUUCAUUUUUUUUUUUCUUCAAUAUUAGCUAGUAAAAAAUUCUAAAAUAUUAGCUAGUAAAAUUUUAUCUUAAAAAUUAGAUAAAUAAAUUUUUUCUAUUCAAGAAAAUAUGCUUAUAAUAAUUGUAAUAGAAAAAUUAAUUUUAAUUCCAUCAGUUUGAUUUGUUGUCAAAGUGAUAGGAGUUUGGUAAAAGAAAAAAAUAAAAAAAAUAAAUUAUUAUGGCUGAAGAAAUUGUUGAUACAGAACCAUAUUUAUUACCAUGGUACUCACGAGUAUUUGAGUACUUGAAAAAUCGAAAUAAAAUUGGUCCAGCAAAAAUUGAAUUACCAGAUUGUGAUUUUUUUAUUGUUGGAGCUGGUAGAACAAUUCGUGUAUUACGUAAAAGUUCAAGAGUAAACAAUGAUGAACAAAUGAAAGAUAAUUUUACAACAGCAUUGGCUAGACAAUCAAAUUCAUCAACUAAUAAUUGUCGUUGUUCAUUUCGUCGGUCAUUAAAUUUAACAAAUAAAGAACGUUUUGUUGCAACUGAAAUAAAUCGUAUCAAGACAAAUCUUAAUGAAAAUAUUGAUAAUAAUAUUGAUGAUAGUAUUAUAAUAACUAAUCAGCCAAAAUUUGAAAAUGAUGUAUCAAUUGUUAAACGUAAUUCCAAUGAUUUAGCAAAUAAAAAUAAAAUAAUAAAAGAUUUAGAAAAAUAUAUUGAUGUAUUAUUGGAAGAAGUUUUAAAUGAUACUGUUAAAUUUAUGAAUGAUGCUGAUACGACACUGAAACGAAGUCGUACAAUAUUAAAAUCAUCAAAUGAUGAAAAAUGUAAAAUAAAUGAAUCAAUUGAUUCAACAAAAAGUCCACUAGAUAUAAGCUUUGCAUUUCCAGCUGAUGAUUUACAAGUUGAAGAAGAAAAAUUAAGCAAUCAACAAAAGCCAGAAGUAGAUGAAGAAGAAGGCUAUGUUAAUAAAGCAUUUGAUGGAACAACAAGUGAUCCAGAUUGUUUAAAUUUUGAUCUUAGUAAACCAAUAAAUAAUCAUCAAGUUAAUAUUGAUUGUGUUGAUUCUGGAAUAAAUAGUGUUGAGACUGUUGAAUUACAAUUAGAAACAGAACUCACAUUGGAGCAAUCAUUAAUGAAAAUAAUUGAUGCAACAUUUGGUCAUGAAACAUCAAGAAAUUGGAAUGAUCUAGUCGUUGAUGAUACAAUUUGUAAUAAAGAUGAACCACUAAAUGACAGUAUUAAACAACAAACAAAUAAUUUAAAUAAUAAUAAAAUUAUUGAACAUGAUUUAAAUGAAAUAAUAUCAAAUAAUAAUACAAAUGAUUCAUUGGAUUUAAUUUUAGAUGAUACAAAUAUUGAUAAUAAAUUUAAAAAUUCAAGGCUAAAAUUAAAUGAUGAUUUAAAAAUAUCAUCAACCAACAAAAAUGAUACACAUAAAAAGACAAAUCCAGUUGUUGUAUUGUGUGAAAAAUUUACAUCAAAAUUAAGUACAGGAUGUGGUAGUCGUGAUAGUAAAAUAAUUGAUAAAUCAAUUAAAAAUAGUAAAAUUAAAAAUGAACCAGUUGAAAUGCGUGAUUAUCGUGCAUCAUGGAAAGGUUUUGAAUCACCACCACCAAAAAUUGAAAAACCAAUAAAUGAUUCAAUUGUUUAUCGUAAAAAUAUUAAACCAAUUAUUGUAUUUAUUCAUGGAUUUGGAUCAUCAGCUGAUGUAUUUGAGUUACAAAUUGAAUAUUUUACUCAACUUGGAUAUUGCUGUAUUGCACCAGAUAUGUUGGGACAUGGUAUGAGUUCAUCACCAAAUAAAUCACAUGAAUAUCAUUUUGAUAAGCUACUAAAUGAUCUUGAAUUGGUACUUCAACAUUACGCUUUCAGCCAUGGACAAAAAUGCAUCCUAAUUGCACAUAAUUAUGGAUGCAGUUUUGCAACAGCAAUUGCAUGUAAAUAUGAAAAUUUUAUUCAUCAAUUAGUAUUAAUAUCCGGAGGUGGACCAACAAUAUUAACUCCACCAAGUAAAGAGGGUCCAGGUCAUUGUUGUAUGAGGGCAACAUUAUCACCAUUAUUAAUGUGUGGUUUACGUAGGGAUAUCCUGUAUUCACCAAGAGGUCGUCAACAUCCAUAUUGUGGUAAUGAAACACAAGAUCAAUGGCCCUCUCAUAUGCCAUUUAUUUUAGAUGGUAUGAUUUGGCCAGAUGGUGAUUAUGUUUAUCAUCGACGUAUUUCAACACCAACACUACUCAUAUAUGGUCUCAGAGAUAAUUUGGUAUCACUUGUUCAAGAAUGCCAAAUGGAAAGGACAAUGAUGAAGGCAUUUCUUGAGGUGUUACCUAAUGCUGGACACAUGCCAAUGACAGAGUGUCCCGAGAUGUGUAAUCAUAUGAUUAAUUGCUUCAUUGAUUUGUGGAAUAAAAAUAAAAAAUAAUUAUUUAUUCAUUGAAAAAAACAUAAAAAUUAUAUUUUAAUAUACAAUUGAGAUUUUUUUUUUAUGUUUUUAAAAUAUGAUUAAUGUUAAAAUUUAAUUAAAAUAUCAAUGUUGAAUAGAUAAAAAGAAAAAAAAAAAAAUUGAAUCUAUUUUUUUAUAAAGUCUAUUGAUUCAAUGCAGUGUUAGGUAUUUUUUUUAUUUUCAUAUUAUGUCAGAAUAUUGUUAGCUCUAUGUACCAAAGAUGAUUAUAUAAUGUUUAUUAUUAAUUUGUAAUUAAUAAUAAUUCAUUGAUAAAUUAUUCAUUAAUUAAAAAUUAAUAUUUAAUUUCA